GUCCCCGUGCCGACCGGUAUCUAGGGAUACGAAGACGCUACUUCAACAAGUUUCAAGGCGGAGUCCAUUCUCCUUUUGACGGCAGAGCGACCGACCGCCGCCGAGUUGCAAAAGUAAAGAAAUUCCCCAAUUCUUGUGGCGGUGGCGAGUGGCUUGCCGGCGGCCAGGCAAGCGCAGACGAAUUUAAGGGACUAGAAACUCCACCGACUCUCGCGGCGGUGGCGAGUGGCUCGCCGGCGGCAAGAUGAGCGCCGACGAAGCCCGCCAAAUGUUCGAAGGAAUGCUCAUCAGCCCGCCGCCCGUGAGCGGCGCCGACCGCAUCAGCGCCCUGCCGGACAACGUGCUCCAGGACAUCCUCUCCCUCCUCACGGCGCAGGAAGCCGUGCGGACGUGCGUGCUCGCCCGGAGCUGGCGCCACCUCUGGAGGUCCAUCACGAGCCUGCGCAUCCUCAGUCCAGAUACUACAUGGUAUGAGUCAGACGACCCAGAGCCUGCCCGAGACCUCUGGAAGUUCGUGGACAAUCUUCUCAACCUGCGUGACAAGCGCACCGAGCUGCACACUCUCGACAUCAAAUUCGGCCAAUUCUCGAAAGAGGACCUGCCCUAUGUCAGCCUAUGGAUCCGUUCUGCUGUGAUGUGCAAAGUUAGUUCGCUCACCUUCCACCACAUAGGUCCAUACCUCUGCCUCGACGACCUGCAUCUUGCAUCCCGGCAUCUCAGAACAGUACACCUUGCAAGUGUAGCCCUCCUAAAAGACAGCUUUGUUGAUUUUGCUAGCUGCCCAGCGUUGGAGGAUUUCAAGUUGCACGAGUGCAAAAUCUGUUUUCUUGGGAUAUCAUCUACCUCGCUGAAGCAUUUGAGCAUCACUGGCUGCAUUUUUGGCCAUGACUCGCACAGCAGACUCCAUGUUUCUGCUCCGAGCCUUGCUUCGCUGAAACUAGAUGAUCUUAUCGGUAUUGCACCGAUUUUUGAAAACAUGUUGCUGCUAGAGAUGGCAUGCGUGAGUCUUGGAAAUCAAGGCGCGGAUGUUUGUUGCAAUGUUUUUAUGUCUGGUAUUCUCUGUCGAGCUGAUAAUGCAUGUCCUAUUUGUGCUGAUUACCCUGCCGAUUAUGUGCUCCUGGCUGCUAUCUCAAGUGCCAGGCAUCUGGAGCUGAUAUCUAAACCUGAAAAUGGACCAGAUCAUAAAAUUGAAAUGAAAGGAAGCUACAGGACAAUGGAAGGACCGCCUGCAAUAUCUGAGCACCUUAAAAUAGUCGAAGUCAAGUGUAAUGCUGUCGACGAGAAAAUUCUCGAAGUUUUGAAGUUUCUGCGUGCAUUUAAUAUCCGAUUUGGUUCUGAGUAAGGGCGAGAAGAUCUGGGUUGGCGGUUGAUGUGCUAUCUCUUUAACUAUUCAGAAAUGCAAGAAAGGCUGAAGCAUAUAUGCUAGGACAGUGUUUCCAUAUCUUCUGUGUAUGCAUUUUGUUCCGAUUCACUCAGGGACUUGAACUGUCUGCAGUAUAUGUAACUUGUGAACUCUAGAGCGGCUGUAGACCACCGAGUUAUUAGUAUCAUGUUAUCUAGGACAUCCGUUUAUGGACGGAGGGAGUAUGUAAUUCUGGCUGAACUUAUUUGGCUCUUGAACUGGUUAGUGCUCUAUCGGCGUUUCUUAUUGUUC